ACCCUGGCCACCCUCUGUUAGCCUGGUCUGGCUACGCCAGUGCUGCCUGCCCUGAUCGUCCGCCGCCCCGUCCCUGUCCUCAAAACCCUAGCUCGCCCUAAACCGUGGCACCCACCGCCGCCCCUCAUCCUGCGCCGGCGUUCGUCUUCCGAAGCGCAGGAGGGCCCUCGAUCGAUCUAGGUUGAUAUAAACAGCAAGAGGGCAUCAUAUUGUACCAGAAAGCGCCAAAGAAGUACAGAUUGCAACACAAGCGAUGGGAUGUAAUAGUAAAAAAAUAAGGCUGCGCCGGAGCAAGAACCAACUACUUUACCCAGUAAAAAGAAGUGCUUUGCUUGUAAAGAGACAUCACACAAUUUGGAUCAAUGUAGGAUAAAAGACAAACUGGGUACUGUGGCCCAGCUAUUUGGACGUUCUACAAGCUUUCCAUUCUACAUGAUCCAACCUUCAAAGGAAGUUGUCGAAAAUGAAAAAUUCUACCAUCACUGCCUGCUGAUCACAUCUAAUACCUGUAACUUGGACCUGGCAAGAGUGAAAACUGAACUAAACAAGUUCUGGAAGCUGACUGAUGACUGGGAUAUAAGGAGAGACGGUAGACAGAAUUUCGUAGCAUCCUUCAACUCAGAGGAUGACCUACUAAGCUGUUUAAAGCCUCCCGAUGUAGAAACAUUUCUGGAUGAAAAGGAGGUGAAUUUCAGUGUAGCAAUGUGGGAUGAAGGUGAUGGGGAAAAGCUUGACUUGAUCAAAGAGUGGCUUUUGGUCUAUGGGGUCCCAGGUGCAUAUAGAAACUGGAAGGAGCUAUAUCAAGUGGCAUCUGCAGUUGGAGUUCUGCUUGAGGUGGAUGAGGAAAGUUUGGAAAGUGGAGAUAAGGAGCCUAUUAGGUUGAGGAUAGCGUUAGGAAGUCUUGUUGGUGCUCCUUUCUCUUACCACUUUGUGUUUGGAUGGUCUUCUAGACUAGUCAAGUUCAUGAUUGAAGACAAAGUAGGAAGGAUAGAAGGGCAGUGGAAGGAAGUAGAAGAACGGAAUGUUAGCGUCAUGAAGGAAUAUGCAGAUAUAAGAGAAGAAGGUAUCGAGGUACCUCCAGGAACAGUGAAUAAAGGAAUCGAUUUGGAGGGCACUGGAGUAGAUUUCACAGGCAAUUCUUCUUUGGAUUUCAGAAGUUGCUCAAGCAAGGAAUGUAAAGAAGAACUGAAGACCACAGAACAGAAUGGUAGCGUCAUGAAGGAAUAUGCUGAUAUAAGAGAAGAAGGUAUUGAGGUACCUCCAGAAACAGUGAAUAAAGGAAUGGAUUUAGAGGGCACUGGAGUAGAUUUUCCAGGCAAUUGUUCUUUGGAUGUUGGAAGUUUCUCAGGCAAGGAAUGUAAAGAAGAGCUGAAGACCACAGAAACAGCUACAUUGCUGGAAGUGGCGAAGUUCAUUGCAGAGUUAAGAGUUAAUGAAGACAUCAAGGGAAACAGCACAAGUGCUAUGGCAGUGACCACAGCAAACUCGAAGAUAGCAGCAACAGGGGGGCAAUCCCCAAGUGAAAGCUCAGCAGGAGCUGAUCAUAUGUCGGGUUUGGAAGAUUGUUCAGACAAGGAACAUCAAAAGAAACUGAAGACCUGCGAUAUGGCUACAUUUCUGCAAGUGUCGAAGUUCACUGAAGAGUUAAGAACUGAUGGAGAGAUCAAAGAAAACAAUGCAAGUGCUGUAGUGGGCACCAGAACAAACUCCGAGAGAGCUACAGAAGACAUUCCAAAAGCUACAGAAGACUUGGCUACAUUGCUGCAAUUGUCGAAGUUCAUUGAAGAGUUAAGAGCUGAUGGAGUGAUCGAAGAAAACAAUGCAAGUGCUGUAGUGGGCACCAGAACGAACUCCGAGAGAGCUACAGAAGACAUUCCAAAAGCUACAGAAGACAUGGCUACAUUGCUGCAAUUGUCGAAGUUCAUUGAAGAGUUAAGAACUGAUGGAGUGAUUGAAGAAAACAAUGCAAGUGCUGUAGUGGGCACCAGAACGAACUCCGAGAGAGCUACAGAAGACAUUCCAAAAGCUACAGAAGACAUGGCUACAUUGCUGCAAUUGUCGAAGUUCAUUGAAGAGUUAAGAACUGAUGGAGUGAUCGAAGAAAACAAUGCAAGUGCUGUAGUGGGCACCAGAACGAACUCCGAGAGAGCUACAGAAGACAUUCCAAAAGCUACAGAAGACAUGGCUACAUUGCUGCAAGUGUCGAAGUUCAUUGAAGAGUUAAGAACUGAUGGAGAGAUCGAAGAAAACAGUGCAAGUGCUGUAGUGGGCACCAGAACGAACUCCGGUCCAGGAUCUCCGGGCGGGAACAUCCCUUGUCCUCGUCACCGAUCUUCGUGGCGCCGACACAUUGCAGGUCCCUGUUGUCAUCAACUAUGAUCUGCCAACACAUCCAGUACAAUACAUUCGCCAUGUUCGACGCAGUGGACAGCCUGGAGGGAAUGGUGUUGCUAUCAGCUUCAUUGCUCGUGCUGAUGAGCGUGUCCUGUCUGACAUCCAAAGGUUCUGCAAUGCUCAGAUGGUGGAGUUACCUUCCAACGUCACUGACCUCCUGUGAGCAAUUCCAUAUGGUGUGCAGAUGGCUAUGUUUACUUGUUUUUGCUAUCGUUGCCCGGAGAGCUGCGCAACAGCUGCAUUUUGUUGAACUGUGGGAGUUGUCUUGUGGGAUUGUACCUUGUUGAGUAAACCGGUAUUUAUGUCAUGGUGGUUCGAUACUGAACUUAA